AAAAUCCCAGGGCUCACUGUCUUAUGUAUGAGGCUGACGCCGCAAGGACCUCAAUGCUGCACGGACAUGGAUAAUCAAUAUAUCAUCCUGGAGUCCAAGUGCCAUUUUUUCUUUUGUCCAUAUUCCAUUGUCGCCGAACUGAAAGCUCACCUCUAGACGACAUCCGUUUCGGCAAGAUAACAGGAGACAACAGCCCCUACCAACAAUAAGCCUUUGCAUUCCUAAAGCCAGACAUCCCUUACCUCGCGGGAGGCCCUGAUCGUCCCCUCUGCUCGCUCUCUGACUUGCCUUCUACCUCCCCCAAAGACCAAUCGCUUUGCCCUAAGACUUCCUCGCAGACUGCCAUGGCAGACUUUCAAACGCCCACCGAAGCAACCCUCCUCUCAAGCUCGAAUCCCGCAACAGAAUACACAAUUCCCGUGUCAAAAGAAGCAAGCACACAAGUCUCACUGUCCGGGAACACUACACAACCCGCGGCUACACAAACAGCCGCCCUAGUCAAUGGGGAGACGCAGACAAGCACGAACACAACGACGACGAACGGCGUCGUCCCUCAACCUACACCUACAUCCAUCCCAGUCUCUUUACAACAGUCUACAACAAACGGCAACACAGAUCAUGCAACCCAACUAUUCUCCUCUUCGCUGAUCAGCCCAGAGGUUGCAGCCCUUCUGCCCCAGGGCUACACGAUCCGUCCCCUGCGACGGAGUGAUUACUAUGGCGGCUUCCUCCCGACCCUCCGCGUCCUCACGACCGUCGGCGAACCCACGCUCGCCGAAUUCAACGCCCGCUACGACUUCAUGUACUCUCGCAAUGACACCUACUACAUCCUCGUGAUCUGCGACGAGUCCGGGACGGUGGUCGGCACGGGCGCCGUGAUCGUCGAGCGCAAGUUCAUCCACAACAUGGGCCUGGUGGGCCAUAUCGAGGAUAUUGCCGUCGCGAAGAACCAGCAGGGCAAGAAGUUGGGGCUGCGGAUCAUACAGGCGCUAGACUACGUUGCGGAGAACGUGGGCUGUUACAAGUGUAUCUUGGACUGCAGCGAGGCGAACGAGGGGUUCUACGUCAAGUGUGGGUUCAAGCGGGCAGGACUGGAGAUGGCGCAUUAUUACGAGACGGCCCCGAAGACGCAGUACGAAAAGUCGUGAGUGACAUUCAGAUCGUUGGGAGGCUGGAUAGCGAGGUGGAGGGACAAGGCUAAGAGUUGGCCAGGGCGAAGAUAUGACCUCCGUGGUCUUUGUCGACUGAAGAAUGUGGAAAGGCCUGUCGUCGUCUUGACGAAGGGGCCCCGAUGGAGUGCAAAUGGAUGCGCACGAGAAUGAACACUGUCAAUCCGUGGCCAGAGAGCAAUCUUGCGCGCCUCCUCACGGCAGAGGCUUUUUCCGGGGCGUUGAGAGACAUGGCUACGUAGAUAUGGUUAUUUGGGAGUAUGAAUAGAAGGAGUGGUUUGUGUCAGCGCUCUGUGUUGGAUCAUGGAGUCAAGAAAAGAGUGCAUUUAAUGGGCCAAAUGCAGGAAAUGCAGGAAAUGCGGUUACACAAAAUCGAAGAGAAAGACGACAGUAUGCGGAAAUCAGAAUGCCUUUGACUCGCAGAUGCUGACUAUACAGGUAUCUCACAUAGACUUGCGAACAUUGUUUGGUGCGUCGUUUUGAUAUCGGGCAGUCGCUUCAGACAUGCAAGGAGAGACUCUGUCAUAGAAUGGUCUUUAAGAUCGUCAGAUGAAAACAACGGCCACUCGAGUGGUCCCUUUCUGCUUUCCCGUGAAG